AUGCUCUCUCAUGCGCACACUCAUGUGCUCUCACUCGUUCACUCACGCGCUCUCUCACACGCUCUCUCACGCGCGCUUUUACUCGCACUCUCACACACUAUCUCACGCGCGCUCUCACUCGCUCCCUCACGUGCACUCUCACGCGCACUCACGUGCACUCUCGCACGCUCUCUCACGCGCUCUCUCGCUCGCACUCUCACUCGCCCUCUCACGCGCACUCUCAAGCGCACUCUCACGCGCUCUCUCACAUGCUCUCUCACACAAUCUGUCAUGUCAUGCGCUCUCACGCGCUCUCACACGCUCUCACGCAUUCCGUCGCAUCCCUCUCUCGCACUCUCUCGCACACUCUCUCGCGCGCUCUCUCAUGCACACUCUCUCGCACACUCUCACACGCUCUCUCACGCGCUCUUUGAUGCAAUCUCUCACGUGCUCCCUCACGCGCUCUCUCACGCGCUCUCUCACGCGCUCUCUCACGCGCUCUCUCACGCGCUCUCUCACGCGCUCUCUGACGACUCUCUCACGCGCUCUCUCAUACGCUCUCUCAUGCGCUCUCUCACGGGCUCUCACACACUCCCUCACGUGAUCUCUCUCGCGCACUCUCUUGCGCAUUCCUUCUGUCACGCGCUCUUUCUCGCGCACUCCCACGCGCUCUCUCACACGCUUUCACGCGCUCUCACACGCUCUCUCACGCGCUCUCUGAUGCACUCUAUCACACGCUCUCUCACGCGCCUCUCACGCGCUCUCACGCGCCUCUCAUACUCUCACACGCGCUCUUUCACGCGCUCUCUCACGAGCACUCUCACACACACCCGUUCUCUCACGCGCUCCCUCACGCGAUCUCUCACGUGCACUCUCACGCGCUCUCACGCGCUCUCUCACUCACUCCCUCACGCUCUCUCACGCGCUCUCUCACGCGCUCUCUCACGCGCUCUCUCACGCGCUCGCACUCUCACUCACCCUCUCACAUGCUCUCUCACGCGCACUCUCACAUGCUCACUCACGCGCUCUCUCGCUCGCACUCUCACUCGCCCUCUCUCGCGCUCUCACGCGCACUCUCAUGCGCUCGCGCUCUCUCACUCGCACUCUCACAUGCAGUCUCACGCGCACUCCCACACGCACUCUCACGCGCUCUCUCAUGCGCUCCCUCACGCGCUCUCUCACUCGCCCUCUCACGCGCUCUCUCGCUCGCACUCUCGCUUGCACUCUCACGCGCUCUCUCACAUGCUCUCUCACGCAAUCUGUCAUGUCAUGCGCUCUCUCACGGGCUCUCACGCAUUCCGUCGCACUCCCUCUCGCGCACUCUCUCGCGCAUUCUCUCUCUCACGCGCUCCCUCAUGCACACUCUUGCACACUCUCACGCGCUCUCUCACAGGCUCUCACGCACUCCCUCACGUGCUCUCUCAUGCACACUCUCACGCACUCUCUCACGCGCUCUCUCACGCGCUCUCACGGGCUCUCUCACGGGCUCUCACGCACUCCCUCACGUGCUCUCUCUCGCGCACUCUCUUGUGCAUUCCCUCUGUCACUCGCGCACUCCCAUGCGCUCUCUCACGCACUCUCACGCGCUCUCACGCGCUCUCUCACGCGCUCUCUGCACUCUCUCACUCGUUCUCUCACGCGCCUCUCACGCGCUCUCUCACGCACUCUUUCACGUGCAUUCUCACACACACUCGCUCUCUCACGCGCUCCCUCACGCGCUCUCUCACGCGCACUCUCAAACGCUCUCUCACGCGCUCUCUCACGCGCUCUCUCACGCGCUCGCGCUCUCUCACUCGCAAUCUCACGCGCACUCUCACACGCACUCUCAUGCGCACUCUCACACGAACUCACGCGCUCUCUCACGCGCUCCCUCACGCGCUCUCUCACGCGCUCUCUUUCGCGCUCUCUCGCUCACACUCUCAUUCGCCCUCUCACGCGCUCUCUCACGCGCACUCUCACGCGCUCUCUCACAUGCUCUCUCACGCAAUCUGUCAUGCGCUCUCUCACGGGCUCUCACGCAUUCCGUCGCACUCCCUCUCGCGCACUCUCUCGCGGAUUCUCUCUGUCACGCGCUCUCUCAUGCACACUCUCUCGCACACUCUCACGCGCUCCCUCACGCGCUCUCUCACGCGCUCUCUCACGAAUUCUCUCACGGGCUCUCUCACGCGCUCUCUCAAGCGCUCGCGCUAUCUCACUCGCACUCUCACGCGCACUCUCACGCGCACUCUCACGCGCACUCUCACGCGCUCCCUCAUGCGCUCCCUCACACACUCUCUCACGCGCUCUCUCACGCGCUCUCUCACGCGCUCUCUCACUCGUUCUCGCAUGCGCUCUCGCGUGAGCACUCUCACGCGCACUCUCACGUGCUCCCGUGUACACGCUCUCCCUCGCCUCUUUUUUAAAUAA